AGUAGUUGGGGAAAAUGUAUAUUCCUGGAAUUUUAAGUCAAGAUAACUAUAUGUUUUCGGCCCAGUUAUCAACAAAAUAAAUUGUUGUUCCUAGUCCACAUUUUUUAAUCUCUGGACAAGUCCUAAACAUAGCCCCUGUUGGCUAUAACAAUAUGUGGAAUUACUAUCAUAAGAAGGACUUUGAGACCUCGGUGAAAAUAUCACCAUUCUGCCAUACUUGGCAGUCCGUAUGCUGGGUGACUCUCAAGACUCAUGAAUGGGCCAAGUAUAUACUAUUGGAUCGAUCCGUGGCAUAUCAAGUGGCCUUCUCAAUGGUCAUAAUGGCCAUUACGGGCCUGGUAUCAAUAUGGUUUUGGAAAAGAAGACAGAUUGUUCCCAUUUCUGAAAUUCAUCGCCUUAGGGAGCGUGUUCAGUUCUGUAACCAUGAUAUGGCCGUUUUGCAAGAUACCCUUGACACGGCUCUGGAAAAGCGUUCCAGCACAGCUUUAGAGGUGGCGGAUGAUAAGCUAACCGAGGCUCUGCAAGAGCCGGAGGAAGAAACCCCGAAGCCAGAUCCCAUUCCUCCAGAAAUAGAGGCCACCAGUGAUUCCGAAACCCAGGAAGAGCCAUCUCAUUCAAAGGCUACAGAGACCGAGAAGGAGCCGGGAAAGUCUUCGAUACCCAUAAGGGUCGAUAAUAAACGCAAAGCCCCCAUUCGGAGUAAUAUUAAACCCACACGUGACCUGAAAGAUACAACCAUGGCUCGCAUUCCUGGCCAAACCCUAAACCUAAACCGUAAUCGAGUGCGUUUGGUCAAGUCCGCACCCUCAUAUAAGAGUUAAGAAUUUUACACCAAAUCUUGGAUAACUCAGAGAUUAAAAUACUAAACUGAUAAAAAAAAUAUGAUGGAAAUAUAAUUCUAUCUAAAAAUA